AUGCAGUACGUCCCUUUCGCCUCCGACAUUGAGAUUGCCUUCUACGCUUCUUUGGCCUCGCACAAAAUCAACCAUGACAAACUCGACGACUCGGCCCGGAAAGUGCUGGGCCUCUACGAGAUUCGCCCCGCCGACUCCAAAGAGCACUCAUGUCGAAUGCAGGUCCACGCCAACGCUCUAACAAGCGAUGAAGUCCCGCCAGGCUACUAUCGCGGCGAAGGCAUGAUCAAGAACGUCAACACGAUCGAAGAGUAUCGCAACAUCGACAAACCUCAAAUGAUCCAGAAGGCCGGGAAGACGAUCUGGGACGCUAUCAACGAUGGAACUAUCUACUCGUGCCCAUCGCUACUCGCCUCGUUCCUCAUCCUGUCAUUCGCUGACCUCAAAAAGUACAAAUUCAAUUACUGGUUCGCCUUCCCGGCGCUGGUCAUGGACCCGCCAUGGACUCCUGUCGAACACCAAGGCGCUGUCCCCCAACCAAAAGGCAGUUUUCCGUACACGAAGCUAAACCCCCUUGAGAGCAGCAGUCUGGUCGAUGCCGUCACGGAUUGGCGAUUUGGGGUCGACUCCCGCCAGUUUGGCUUCUUCCUUGCAAAGAGGGACCGUGGCUACGAGCCGUCAAGUCUCGAGAAUGACGAAUUCGGGCCUACUACUCCUCAGUCACCCGAGACACCCAGCACGAGACUCGGAUGUCGAUGGCAGAUUGCAUCGCUAUCGAGUUUCGAGUCUGGAUUCUUCAACAACACCACCCCCGAAGACCAGUACGUUUGCUUCGCAGACCCUUCGAACUACACUGAACCAGGUCCUGUCGCGCCGGGGUGGAUGCUCCGCAAUCUUCUCGUUCUAGUCCGUCAGCGCUGGAAGUUGUCAAAAGUCCAGAUCCUAUGCUACCGCGAAAUCCCCUCGCGACCAGACGCGGCCCGCAGCGUUGUUUUCACCAUGGAAAUUUCCAAACAGGCAAAGUCGACGGCACAGUCUGAAUCUGCCGAGUCCGUCAUGCCGAAAGUAGUGGGUUGGGAACGCAACGCGUCCAACAAACUCACGGGCCGCAUGGCAGAUUUGACCGAGUACAUGGACCCCAAGAAACUGGCCGACUCGAGCGUCGACCUGAACCUGAAACUCAUGAAAUGGCGCAUCAGCCCCAAUCUCAACCUUGACAAGAUCAAGGAAACGAAAUGCCUCCUGCUCGGCGCGGGGACGCUGGGAAGCUACGUAUCCCGGAACCUGAUGGGCUGGGGCGUGCGCAAAAUCACCUUUGUCGACAACGGCAGCGUGUCCUUUUCGAACCCGGUGCGCCAGCCACUCUUCAAUUUUGAGGACUGUCUCGAGGGCGGCAAGAAGAAGGCCCUCAGCGCAGCGGAAGCGUUGCAGAAAAUAUACCCCGGCGUCGAGAGCAAAGGGUACGUGCUGUCUGUUCCGAUGGCCGGACACCCGACGACGGACCCGGCAAAGUCCAAGGCGGACUUUGAGCAACUGAAGCAGCUCAUCGACGAGCACGACGUCAUCUUUCUCCUCAUGGACACUCGUGAGUCGCGCUGGCUACCCACCGUCAUGGGCAAGGCGAGCGGGAAGAUCGUCAUGAACGCCGCGCUGGGCUUUGACACGUACGUGGUCAUGAGACAUGGCGUCGUCGCAUCAUCAUCACCCACCACCACAGGUACCGGCAACGGCGGCGGGACCGCAGAUCGAGAAGCCUUGGGUUGCUACUUCUGCAACGACGUCGUCGCCCCCGCCGACUCGAUGAAAGACCAGACCCUCGACCAACAGUGCACCGUCACGCGGCCGGGCAUUGCGGCCAUCGCGUCGGCGCUGCUCGUCGAGCUUCUCGUCUCGGUCCUGCAGCACCCCGACGGCGCCGCGGCGCCGGCGUCCCUCUCGGCCUCGGAGGACCGGGGGACGCACCCCCUCGGUCUGGUGCCGCAUCAGAUCCGCGGGUUCCUGUCGACGUUCACGAGCAUGAACAUCGCAGGUCGCGCGUACGACUGCUGCAGUGCGUGCUCGCCGAAGAUCCUCGACGCGUACGCCGCGGACGGGUGGGACUUUGUGCUCAAGGCGCUGAACGAGAAGGACUACGUCGAGGAGUUGAGCGGCUUGAAAGAGGUCCAGAGGGCCGCCGAGGCCGCCGCGGCCGACAUGGAGUUUAGCAGCGAAGACGAGAUUGCAGGUGACGAUGACGAGGGUGAAUUGAUAUGA